CGCUGAGAGCAGCAGCGGAGCCUCAUUCAUCCCGAACCCAGCCGAACCCAGCCCGAGCUCCGCCACCAUGCCCUGUCGGAAGGAGAACUACAUCUUCCUGGAGCAGUCCGUCACCGUCGACUCCAAAGAAGUGGAUGCGCUGGUCACCAAGAUCGGAGAGGCACUGCAGCUCCACAGCAACACCGGCGGCGGCCACCAGAAGACUGUGUCCGUGUCCACGGCCCUGAUCGGCGGCAGCGCGGCUGGAGCACCGGGUCAGAAGCGCCGCGGCUGCUGCAUGAGGCUCCGGGGACACCGAGGGAGCAGCAGCAGGGCGAGCCCCUACCACAUCCCCGGGUCUCACGGCGACCCGGACUGGGACCAGAUCAAACCGUGGAACAGAAAGAGGAUGGAGGAGGACGACCCGCACAGGCUGCUCCAGGAGCUCAUUCUGUCGGGGAACCUGAUCAAGGAGGCCGUGAGGCGGCUCCAGUUUUCGGCCGCAGACUGUGCAGAUUUCUCCCGUACGGCGGACAACGUGCCAUGCUGAUAACGGCGUUUGGACACCAGAACCGGGACUGUACCGUCAGACUGAUUAGAGAUAAAUUUGAUAAAAGACUCGGUUUUCUAAUUUCACGAUUUUCAUCGACGUGUAUCUGCUGUUUGUUGUGAUAGCAGUAAGCUUGGCUGGCUGUUAACAGUUAGCCCUGCUAGCUGCUAGCGGUUAGCCCUGUUGGCUGCUAACAGUUAGCUGUUAGCCGCCCGGCUAGCCAGCGUGUUGUUUAUGUUUGAAUGUGUCAGAGCCUCGGAGCCGCUGUUUGUCGGUAUAAUGGGGGUUUUCACGAUCUAAAGGUGCUGUGGAGCUCCGGCGGAGAACCGGCUCACCACGGGGAGUGUAACUGUGUGAAUCUGUACAAAAGCUCUAUUCUCCCCGGUGGUUGAACCAUUCUGAGGAAGCCCCAGCUUCAUUUAUUUACCACCCCGGAAUGUGUCCAUGUGCUGUGGGGGUUGGGAGCGCUCUGCCCGGCCUUUCUGCUCCGGUGGGGGUUGGGUGGUUUUGUUUACAGUGUGCUGCUGGUUGUACGUGCAGGGAGGAAGCUUCCUCCUCCUCCUCCUCCUCCCGUCAGCUCAUUGUUGUUGCCAUUUAACUGGCUGUUUCACCGGGUUACUGCACCUCCAGCACCGGGAUCCGCUGACAGCAGUCGGGCCGCUUCCUGCUGCAGCGACUAAUCCAUCAGUUAAACUGUUAGUUAUUCUUUAAGGAGAGAACAAUGGAUUCUGUGGUUUCAGCCUCUUAAAUGUGAAUAUUUUCUGGUUUCUUUCCUCCUCUUUGACAGUAAACUGAAUAUUUUUGGAUCUUAUGAUCCACAUUUUUCAUAAUUUUCUGACAUUUUCGCCACCAAACUGCUUACCAGUCAACCUAGAAACUGCUAUUAAAUUAAAUCUAUAUUUCUGGCCUCUUUAGGGCAACAGCAACUGUUUUAAUCAGCGAUUAAUCUGCUGAUUAUUUUUCUGAUUGUUUUGAUUUGUCUCUAAGAAAUCACAGGAUGGUGAAAAUGUCCAUCAGUGUCUUAAAGCCAAAGGUGGCAUCUUUAAAAGUACUUUUUGUUCCUCCACCAACCAGUUAACCAUCCAGAGCUGCAUUGAUUCAUUCAUUAAUUGUCAACUGUUGACUGUUUUGUUUAUUGAUUAGAAUGACUUUUGACAGAAACUGUCUUAAUUCUGCGAUUGCAGCUUGUUAAAAGUGAAUCUUUUCAGGUUAUCAGUAAACUGAAUAUCUUUGGGUUUUGGAUCUUGAACUUUUGGAAGCACUUAUUUUGCUGUUAUUGGGAGCAGCAGCUGAUGGAUCCGUCACUAUGGUGGUUUAUGGAUGUUAACUCAGACGUGGACAUGCUCCGCCCACAGACCUUUACCUGCUCUGACUGUUUCAGGCUUGACACACUUUGGUGGUGCUUCACCUGUUUGGAAUUCCAUCAAGGAGUUCAUUUGUUUUUUUUAUUUGUUUCUUCUCUGUGUAAAGAAAAUCAGCUUCGUAGCGAAGCGUCUGAUAAUGUUCCUGAGUAUUCAGGGCCUUUUUGUUGUCUUAAUAAACACACUUUUGUUUUCCA